GCCGUGCCCCUGGGGGGCCAGGAUGCUGAAGAAGCAGUGGGCGGGCCUGGUGCUGUGGGGCGCCAUCCUGUUCGUGGCCUGGAAUGCGCUGCUGCUGCUCUUCUUCUGGACGCGGCCCGCGCCCGGCCCGCCGGCGCCCGGCGCCCCGGCCCUGGACGGCGACCCGGCCGGCCUGACGCAGGAGCUGAUCCGCCUGGCGCAGGAGGCCGAGCAGGAGCUGGAGCAGCAGCGGCGGCUGCUGCGGCAGAUCCACGCGCACCAGGCGCGCCGGCGGCAGCGCCCGCGCGGCCGGGCCGCCGCCAGCCCGGGCCCGGCCCCGGCGCUGCCCUUGCCCGCCGCCAGCGCGCCCCCCGCCAGCGCCGGCGCCUUUGUGCUGCCCGUGCUGGUGAUCGCCUGCGACCGCAGCAGCGUGCGGCGCUGCCUGGACAAGCUGCUGCAGUACCGGCCGUCGGCCGAGCGCUUCCCCAUCAUCGUGAGCCAGGACUGCGGCCACGAGGAGACGGCGCGCGUGAUCGCCUCCUACGGCCGCGCCGUCACGCACCUGCGCCAGCCCGACCUGAGCGCCGUGGCCGUGCCGGCCGAGCACCGCAAGUUCCAGGGCUACUACCGCAUCGCGCGCCACUACCGCUGGGCGCUCGGCCAGGUGUUCGGCGGCCUGCGCCACGCGGCUGCCGUGGUGGUGGAGGACGACCUGGAGGUGGCCCCCGACUUCUUCGAGUACUUCCAGGCCACCUACCCGCUGCUGCGCGCCGACCCGUCGCUCUGGUGCGUGUCGGCCUGGCACGACAACGGCAAGGAGCACAUGGUGGACGCCGGCCGGCCCGAGCUGCUCUACCGCACCGACUUCUUCCCGGGCCUCGGCUGGCUGCUGCUGGCCGAGCUCUGGGCCGAGCUGGAGCCCAAGUGGCCGGCCGCCUUCUGGGACGACUGGAUGCGGCGGCCCGAGCAGCGGCGCGGCCGGGCCUGCGUGCGGCCCGAGGUGUCGCGGACGCUGACCUUCGGCCGGCGCGGCGUGAGCCACGGCCAGUUCUUCGACCAGCACCUCAAGUUCAUCAAGCUCAACCAGCGCUUCGUGCCCUUCACGCAGCUCGACCUGUCCUACCUGCGGCGCGAGGCCUACGACCGCGCCUUCCUGGCCCGCGUCUACGGCGCGCCGCCGCUGCCCGUGGACGCCGUGCGCGCCGGCGAGCGCCAGGACCUGGGCGAGGUGCGCGUGCAGUACAGCAGCCGCGACAGCUUCAAGGCCUUCGCCAAGGCCCUGGGCGUCAUGGACGACCUCAAGUCCGGGGUGCCCCGCGCCGGCUACCGUGGCAUCGUCAGCUUCCUCUUCCGCGGCCGCCGCGUGCACCUGGCGCCCCCGCAGACCUGGACGGGCUACGACCCCACCUGGAACUAG